AUGGCCUACCAGAGAGAAUUCGAGAUGCAGGCUAUUCCUCCGCCGUCACCAAAGACAUUACCAUCAACAGAACCCUCAUCAAAUACCCCCACUCCAGACCCAGACCCAGACUCAACGUCUCCGGGCGCGUUGCAUCGUCUCCUGACAAGCUUCACGCGCGCCCCGCCGCCGAGCCACUCCGAAGAUGAGUACUCUCUCAGCAGUUACAACACGUCGUACGCGACAAAUGGAAGGCUUUUCAAUAUGAGUAAAGCCAAUUACAAUUCUGCAAACACCGCCCUCGCCCGGGAGCUCAAAAAUCGACACCUGCAAAUGAUCGCGUUUGGAGGUUCUAUCGGAACUGGUCUUUUCGUCGCCAGCGGUGUGGCGCUAUUCCGGGGAGGACCGGCUUCACUACUCAUUGCAUUUAUAACCAUGGGAACAAUGCAAUUUUUCACAAUGCAAGCUCUUGGAGAAUUGAGUGUCGCGUUUCCAGUUGGAGGUUCUUUUUCGAAUUACUCAACGAGAUUUCUGGAUCCGUCUUGGGGGUUUGCAAUGGGCUGGAAUUAUACAUUACAAUAUCUCAUAGUGUUACCACUCGAGAUUAUUGCUGGUGCAUUCACGACAAAUUACUGGAAUCCAGAUGCCAGCAAGUCUAUAUUCAUCAUCCUUUUCUUUUUCCUCAUUCUUGGCAUCAAUUUACUGGGUGUGAAGGGCUAUGGAGAAGCAGAGUUUAUCUUUUCAGCUGUCAAGAUCACCGCCGUCAUGGGUUUCAUUCUCCUCGGUAUAAUUAUCAACAUAGCAGGUGAACCAGAAGGCGGAUACAUUGGCUUCAGUCACUGGCAAAACCCUGGCGCCUUCAAUAAUGGCUUCAAAGGUUUCGCAAGUGUCCUCGUCACUGCAACUUUUUCUUUUGCCGGCACAGAAAUGGUCGGUCUCGCCGCCGCGGAAACCAGCAACCCGAAAAAGUCCCUCCCAGCAGCCGUAAAGCAGGUCUUUUGGCGUAUAUCACUCUUCUACAUCCUCUCUAUUCUUCUUAUUGGCCUGCUCGUCCCAUACAAUGAACCGCGACUGUUGGGUGCCAAGUAUGGAUCUGACGCGGCUGCCAGUCCAUUCGUCAUCGCCAUCGAGAUGAGCGGCUCGGAUAUUUUACCUGACAUUAUGAAUGCUGUUAUUCUAAUUAGUUUGAUAUCGGUCGGAAACACAGCUGUGUAUGCUUCAUCACGCACAAUCGCCGCGUUGGCAGAGCAGUCGUUGGCACCCAAGAUCUUUGCCUAUAUCGACCGUGCAGGACGACCACUUAUUGCGAUCAUUUGCUGCGGGACAGUAGGUCUGCUAGCCUUCGUCGCAAACUCCGACAUCCACAACGAAAUCUUCAACUGGCUUCUCGCCAUCAGCGGGCUAAGUACCUUGUUCACCUGGGCAUCCAUAUGCGUCUGCCACAUCCGCUUCCGCAAAGCAUGGCGACUCUCGGGCUACAAGCUUUCCCAGCUAGCUUUUAAAUCACAAGUCGGCGUUUGGGGCUCAUGGGUAGCUCUGGCCGCCUACACGACUGUAUUACUACUCCAAUUCUGGGUGGCCAUAUCACCCAUCCAACCUACGGACCAAGCGCCAUUCACAACGCCUGAACGCAUUAAGAAUUUCUUCCUGCAGGUUUUGACAGUACCUGUCAUUUUAAUCUUUUACAUUGUGCAUAAAUUGUGGAUGAGGACAAAGAUUGUUCGAGAUAAAGAUAUAGAUAUCCAUACAGGACGAAGAUACCUUCAGGUAUGGAAUGAGGAGGAAGAACAGGCCCGAAGAGCGUGGCCUCUGUGGAAAAGAAUGUAUAAUCACAUGUGCUAG